AUGCAGGAGCCACUUGUACCAUCUAUUAACUUUGCCAUGGUAUGUCCAGGCGUUUACCGCUCCGGGUACCCAACGAAAAAGAACUACCGCUUUAUUCGUGCUCUACGGCUUCGCACCAUUCUCUAUCUUUGUCCAGAAGAAUAUGCAGAAAGUAACGUAAAGUUUUGCGAAGAAAAUGGUAUCAAUAUUCUUCGAUUCCCAACUGAAGGCAACAAAGAACCCUUCAUGGAUAUAUCAGAAUCAUUAAUGCACCGGAUCCUUACUGCUCUUAUUGACACAAGAAUACACCCAGUUCUCAUUCAUUGCAAUAAAGGCAAACACCGAACAGGAACUGUUGUUGGAUGUCUGCGAUUAUUGCAAGGGUGGUCCCUUGUGUCAAUUUUUCAAGAGUAUCGCAGCUUUGCCGGAGACAAGGUGCGCAUGGGAGAUCAACAGUAUGUGGAGCUUUAUCAUCCUAUCGUGCGCGUGGCUCCGCCGUAUGUGGCGGAGUGGGUAUGCAUUACGCCCAUUGUUACUGUCGUUGAGAGCGAACGGGAGUUGUUGGAGGCAGAAUCACGGCAGCUCGGUUGGAGCCUGGUAUCACCACCAACCCCUCCUGCGGCGCAGCAACCAGAUAUAAUAAAGACACCGGUAGAGCAACCUGGAAAAAAGAAUGUUGCGGUGCAUAGCAACAAAGACGCUGAUGCUGCUAUAUCAACAAUAAAAUCAGCUCCUGUUACUGCUCCCCCAGCCGCUACUGCAGCCACAACGACAUCCCACCGCGCGAGCGGUCAUAUUGACGGUAACAACAGCGCACCAAAAGUGAAGGAGACCACUACGGUGUCGCGGAAGGAACUCGGUGAAAGCAAGAAAAGUCAAAAAUAG